UUCAUUCGCCAAUGAAAUGGUGUGCUUCGCGAUAGUUUUACUUGUGCUUUUCAUAGCGAUUUGUGUAUGGGCAUUACAAAUUCACAUCUCUACAAAAUAUCGCCGCAAACUUACCGAUCGUAUUCCCGGUCCAUUUUGUUAUCCCAUAUUGGGUUGUGUGGGUGAAGCUACUACUCUAACGCCCAAACGUUUAAUAUCAAAAUCUUUCGAGAUGUAUGAAUUGUACGGCCACACCAUAAAAGUAUGGAUAUUAGACAAGCUGUUUAUAUUAACAUCAAAUGCCGAUUUUAUGGAGCAAAUCUUAUCGCAUCCCACACAAACACGAAAAAUUAGAUUAUAUAACAUCAUAAAACCAUGGGUGGGCGAGGGUCUUCUAUUAAGCGGGGAGAAAAAGUGGUACACGCGACGUAAAAUCAUAACUCCAGCAUUUCAUUUUUCAAUAUUGGAGAAAUUUUUGGAAGUUUUCGAUCGACAAACCUCAGUACUUAUGGACUGUUUGGCUGAGAGGGCCGAUGGCAAAACCGCUUUCGAUGUUAUGCCCUAUAUUUGUUCGGCUGCCUUGGAUAUAAUAACGGAAACGGCAAUGGGAGUGGACGUAAAUGCUCAAACGGACAAGACAAUGCCAUACACCAUGGCAGUAAGAGAAAUGUCAGGUCUUAUUACGUGGCGUUUGGUGCGAGCCUAUUUACACGAUGAAUGGCUAUUUUCCAUUUUGUGUCCACUCAAGAAAUUGAGACAAACUAAACUCAUAACGACAAUGCACAAAUUCACCAGAAACGUUAUUGAGAAACGUCGACGAGAUCUAGAGAAAUAUAUAAAAUCGGACAUUAACAUGGAAAAUUAUGAUCCCGACAAUAUUGGCAUUCGAAAACACAAGGCCCUUUUGGAUUUGCUGUUGCAGGCAACCAUAGAUGGUAAUCCAAUGUCCGAUGAAGAUAUUCGGGAAGAAGUUGAUACCUUUAUGUCUGCCGGACAUGAUACCACAACUACAGCACUAAGUUUUACUCUAUAUCUCGUGUCGCGACAUCCUGAAGUGCAGCAAAAACUUCUGGAUGAAAUACAUGCGAUUUUUGGAGAGAAAUCUGUCGAGCCCUUUACGCCGGCCAAAUUAAGUGAUUUGAAGUAUAUGGAAUGUGUCAUCAAAGAAUCGCUGCGUUUAUAUCCACCAGUGCCGUUCAUAGGACGUGAAAUUACAGAAGAUUUUCGCUACAGUCACCCGGUCUUAGGCGAUGGCAUUAUUCCAGCUUCGACCCAGUUCAUAGUUUCAAUUUUCAAUGCUCUUCGAGCGCCUUCAAUUUACGAUAGACCCUCGGAAUUUAUACCAGAUCGGCACAGAGAAUCUUCCCUUAACAGCCCAUUCAUAUUUGUUCCAUUUAGUGCUGGUCCACGAAAUUGCAUCGGCCAACGAUUUGCAAUGCUUGAAAUUAAAGUUGCCUUGUGUAAAAUUUUACGCGAAUAUGAGUUAUUGCCACUGGGAGAUGAUGUUGAGCCCAUAUUGGGAAUUCUGCUACGUUCCGAAAAUGGUAUGCAACUUGGCAUGAGGAGGAGAUCUGCUGCAUGAAAUACGUUGUGUAAUGUUUUAUUUUUAUAUAAAUGCGACAAACAAAAAAAGGUUUUUGUGUUGAUAGUAUUUUUAAGAGUGAAAAUUACAAAUGUUUGUUUUAGUACGGUCGGUAUAAAUAUUAUAAAAGAAACAGUAAAACAAAAUUUGCCCACAUAUAGUUUCAUAUAGAAUAUAAGAGUAAUAAAUAAAAAAAUACAAAAUUAUUUGUCAUAAAAUUCUAUUAUAAGCCUCAGAAUAUCAAAGGUCUAAAUCUUACUCAAACCCCAGAAAUUCGUAAUUAUUUUUAUUUAUUUUAAGUUUGGAGCCGUACUUCAUGCUAGUUCAUACAAAAAUCACCUACAAAAAAUCGUUUUAGAAGGUUGACAUUAAAGACAAAAUAUUCUACACACUUCCAUCAUAAACUAAAAAAAAGCAGGCCGGGCCGAACUUUGAAUACCAUCCACCAUUUCGAACGAAUUUGCCAAUUUUUAAAAAAAUAAAAGCCAUUAACAAUUCUGUUAAGAUCUUAAAAAUA